CUCCUGCCCACAUCUUGGUCAUGUGACUGUAACAUCACCACUUCCUCAAUGCUCCUCCAUUCUAGCUAUUUCCCGGAUCUGCCUAACACGGAUAUCUGCUCCCGGUAAUGUCACGUGCCCUUCUACAAUUUCACCGUUUGCAACUGUUGCAUCACAGUUGAGAUAUACAUUAUCGAUCUCAGGUAUCCAAGUGCAUACAUUCUUAAAGCAGCUGUCAAAGGUCACAAGAAGUCACAAUGGGAACAGAGCUUUUGCUGAAUGACUUGGAUACAAAAUUCUGUGCCGACAAUCUACUGACCAGCGAAGAUUGGGAAACAGGGCUUUAUAGUUACCUAGAUGAAGCAGAUGAGAAUGUCGAGCUGUUUAACCACUAUCCUCUUCAGCUGUUUGACAGUCGCAUGGAUGUUGACACCUGUUCCAUGUCAUCUUCCUGGGAGGAGAUCCACAGUAAGAAUUUAUCAGGUCUCCUAGUAAAAACUGAACCAGUAUCACCAUUCUCCUCUUCGUCUUCCUGUGAUUCUUCAUCCUCCUGUGAUGCCCUCUAUACACAAUCUCUGGGGGAUAUUGAGACUGCCGUAAAGGUUGAGCUUCCCCCAUCGCCUCCCUGUCAAAGCCACGAUUCUUCUCGUUCCCAGUGCAGUGCUUUGCAAAUAACUCUUCUUCCAGUGCAUACGGGCACAAGUCAGUCUGGAUGUCUUUCUAAGGCUAACACCCUUUUGUCAAAGAAGCCACCUUUGCAGCCCAGACCUGCUCCUGGGUCUAAACCUCAUCCUCCUUCAAACAACAGCACACCACACACCAUCAUAUUACACCCUUUGACAAGCACUCCUCCUGCAGCUUCACCACCAGUACUUGUUUCCCAGCUCCUUCCUGUACAGAAUGGAGGAACAGGAACCCCACCAAUUAAACCAGAAGCCAAGUCCAUUGUGCCGGCCCCCUGUGCCAGUAAAAACAACCCUGCUGAGGUGGAUCCCAAACUUUUAAAGAGACAGCAGCGAAUGAUCAAGAACAGGGAAUCAGCAUGUCAGUCUCGUCGAAAGAAGAAAGAGUAUGUGCAGGGGCUGGAGGCAAGACUGCAAGAGACGGAGAGGCAGCUGGAGAAUGCCCGUCGUGAGAACAGGGAACUUAGGGAGACAGUGCAGCAUCUAAUGAAAGAGAAUGCAUCCCUCCGUGUCUCCUCUGGCAGAAAGGUUGUCUGUGUUAUGGUUGUCCUUGUGUUUGUUGCCUUCAACUUUGGGCCUACAAGCUUGUUUAGUGGUAUACUGGAGGAACCAGGGAGGAAUCCUGAAAUUUCCCGUCAUACCCGUCAUUUACUAACAUACCAGAGUGAAGAGGAUGUAUCUAAGUCUUCUGGACCUAAGUACUAUGCAUCACGUCCACCAGCCUCUGUAGGAAAGUUCAGUAAUGGUUCCCUGACAAAUGUAAAACACCUUCUUGUCAGAGAUCUUGAUCAGCUUUUUCUUACAUCAGAUUGCAGGCAUUUUAAUCACACAGAAUCUCUCAGGUUAGCUGAUGAACUCCGAUUAUGGGUUCGCCGCCAUCAAAAUGAAAGAAAGAGUGGAAAGCAAGUCAAAAAGCCAAGAAGAGUGAAGAAGCCCCUUAUAAGAAAAGCUAUUUCUCUGUCAGACCUAGUACCUGCUCAACCCUCCAGAGUCACACAUAGGUUACACAGUGCUCCGCUGCAGCUCUACAACCCGUCAGAGCCAAGUGAUACUUUUCUCACGGAUGCCAUCGAAAGACGAGAGGAUACUUUCUAUGUUGUGUCCUUCCGCAGGGAUCACCUUCUCCUUCCUGCUAUAAGUCACAAUAAAACAUCCCGUCCCAAAAUGUCCCUUGUAAUGCCAGCCAUGUCAGUGAAUGACAGUGUAUAUAACACCACCCGUGGAUAUGAAACAAUGAUGCAGAUAGAUUGUGAAGUUAUGGACACUCGAGUUAUCCAAAUCAAAUCGUCCACUGUGCCCCCUUCCCUGCGCACAUCACCUUCUCCACCUGCCCAAAAGGAGACUCCCCAUGGGAACCUCUCACUUUAUCUUCAGGAUCAUACUCCGUCAGAUGAUGGUCAGAACUGACAAAAGCGGAAUUAUGUAUAUUUACAUGAAGGACUUAACAGCACAAAUGUUUCAACCAAAGUCUAAUACUAAGGCCAAAUAGGCUAUCUAUUGUAUUGUCUUAAAUGACCAAUAAGCUUCCCUUCCUGUUUUCCUUUGGGCAGACUUGAUGGGCAGACAGUAGAGCUUGUGAUAUCACUUCAAGUCUUUUUCCAGUACUUCAGGGUGGCAAUCUUAUAUUUGUGAUUUACCUGCUGGGCCCACUUACAGUGCUAGCCUAUGGCAGUCAAGACAGAUGGUGUUUCUCAGAUAAAAAUGGAAAUGUGGAAAAGACAGUCUUUGCAGCAUCUAUAAGCAGACUUAGCUGGCCCUUGCUUGUGUCACUGCUUCUUUAGAGUAGAAUGUUAACAAUAUUUCUGUAGCUUAAAGUUUAUUGGGGAUGGUUGGAAGAUCUGUACUUUAGAGAAAGGGAAAUGAUAGGUUUAAAAUCUGUAAAUAUUUAUCUGUAAAUACAAAAUGAUAGAGAACAUUAUUACAUGUGUAUAUGUGUGGGCCCUUCAGUGUGUAUAGUUAUGUAUAUAAUACAGGCAUAUACAUGCAUUCAGAGAGUCUGCACACUAAAUAGGGAAUGUUAGGGGUAGAUAUUACAAUAAAUUGAUUUGUUCAAACACUGUAUAGCCGUAUUUUGCAAUGUCCAUUAUUUUUUAUCUCCAGCGUGUUGGCUCUCUCAAAAACCUGGAUGAAUAGCACUUUUUUGAUUGUGCUUCUAGACAUGUAGCAGAAUUUCUUUUAUUGGGUAACCCCCUCCCCCACAUAUUCUCAUGGCUUAGCAAUUGCUGGAUGUCCGUUGAACCCGAGAAAAUGAUCAGCCUUUGGAGAAGGAAAUGUAAUCUAUGGCUAGAUGAUACCACUAGUCUGGAACUACUUAGGAGAUCUAAAUCCAAAAAUGAUUUUUUUUAUAAAGAAAAGAGUGGGUGAGCUAGCAAUCUGUAAUGGAAACAUAUUAUUGUUAUUAGAAGUGGAUCAGGACCAUUUUUUUAAUUAAACACAUUUUAUGCAUGUUGGUAAAAAGUCAAAAAAGGGAAGAAGCCAAUAAUAGUUGCUAUAAAUAUUACACUAUAAAUAGACGAAAUGAAGUAUCUCAUGCACAUGUACAUAUGUUUUAGCCCUUAGUGGGAAUAAUUUAUAGUGGGAAUAAUUUAAAACAAAAGGCACUCUGUUUUUUCUUGGGGGGGAGUGGUUGAAACUGAAUUACAUGUUUCUAAGCAUGUAUUUGUUUUUAUAUAAUAUGUGAACAAACAUAAUACAGGCACAUAUACUGUUUUUUUAGGUACAUUAAGAAAUGCAUUGCUUCUAUUUGAUUUAGAUUAAAGGGAAAAAAUAACAUUGUCAGGACUUGCAUGUGACCCACUGAGUGGUUUAUGUGCCUUAACUUAUUUGGAAGGAAAGGCUGCCCUUGGAUAGUGUUAGGGUCAGGCAGAAAUUGUGUCUUGACAUGUAUGUGUAUGUAAUGUAUCUAUAGGCACACAGAUAUGGCACUUCAUCCAUUUUCUUAGGAAUGUGAAAGAUAGAAAGCUGUGUAUGCUAAAGACUGUCAAUGGGAUGAGGGAGUAGUUGCUGUGAUGUUUGUUUUGUCAUUUUGUGUAUAACUGGGUUAAUUUCUGCAUUCCUUUGUAUUUUUUGUAAUAAACACCAAAAACAGGA